AUGCAAGAGAAUCUUGGUUUAACAUCACUAUUAUGUAAAAUGGCCGAUAGUCAAAAAUUUAAAGCACAAUUAAAUGCUCUUCGUUGUUUGGGAAAGUUGAUGACAGGAGAAGAGAUUCAAAAAAUGUCUAGUCGAGGCGAAGUUGCAAAAUUCUAUGUUAAAUUUCUUUCCGAAGUCAUUAAUAAGCCAACUAUAAAAUGGGGAUUCGAUGAUGCACUGGAGAGUUUGAAUAUUUCAUUAUCUGAAAUCGCUGGCACUUAUGAUACUGAACAAGAAAGAAUGGUUGAUAGAAUAAAAUGCAUUGCUUUUCGUGAAGCACGCGAUGCUGGUGCAACAUUUAUAAAUAGGCAAUGGAUGGCGGACAAAAUUCACCGCACAACUCGAUUUGUCUCAAAUUGGUGGAAAAAAUCAUAUGGCCAAUGCUUUGCUGAUUAUUCAAAUGUUGGUACUAAACUUAAACUAUCAGAAGCUGGUCAAGAUAUCAUUCGUAAAGCAAGUGAUCAACAAAGAAGAAGCAGUUCUGUUGUCUGGAUUGUCCGUAGGUCAAAUUAUCAAAAUGACCGAAUUUGGACGAGAAGCAUUGAAAACGUUGAAGAAGAUGAAAGAUAUCAUGAAAUGGUAAAAAAUCAAUCAUGUAUUGGAGUUUUCAUGUUUACUUGCAAAAGAUUACUUUGGAUUAUCAAAGAUAAAGAUGAGUCUUGGACUGAUCAAUACUUUCGUGAUAUAAUAUUGACUCAAAAUGUAUUUCCCUUCUUAAAAAAUGAAGAUAAUGUUAUUGACCCUGAUGAAGUUAUAUUUGUUCAUGAUAAAGCACCAUGUAUGCGAGCAAAUAAAACCCAACAUUUGCUUCAAGACAAUGAUGUUAAAUUUUGGGGUAAUGAUAUCUGGCCAGGAAAUUCACCUGAUCUUAAUGUGGCAGAACAUAUCGGAUCAAUAAUCAAAGAUGAAAUUGAAAAAAAAAUGUUAUCGGAAACUGGAUAUAAUCGAUAUCAUGAAGACACUUAA